GACCGAACCCUCUCCCUUGCUGUGCGAUUGUACUACCAGUCGCCCCCUCUCCCUUUGCUGUGCGCCGGCGCCUGCGCUCUUCACCCGGCGGCGCAGCGCUCUCCUCGACUCUCCGCUCGCUCCUUCGGGCUCCUCCGCAAUCCACAGCAGCGCCGCUGCCGCUACCCACGUUGGGCACCUGCCCCCCGCAUCCACAUCCGCAUCGCGGGUCGCAGCCCUCCAGACCAGACCGUAGCACGGCAUCGCCCCUCCCACCCAGCUCUCCACCGCGGUUGUCGGCCAUGGCGGACCGCCCGCCUUCCCCUCGCCUCGCUGACGAAGAAGACCGCGAAUUUAACGCCUCGCCCUCCCGCAACGCCGCCCCCGUCCGUUCCGGCGAGAAGAGGCCUUUCGGCGACCUGGAUGACGACGAAGAAGACGUCUUCGCUUCCAAGAAGGGAAAGACAAAGGUGGAGGAAAGUGCACCAGGUGCUGCCACAGGAAUGAUUCUGUCUCUUCGUGAAAAUUUGCAGAACUGCAAAGAUAAUCUUGCAUCGAGCCAGGUGGAACUGGAAAAUGCCAAAUCAGAAAUCCAGAAGUGGCAUUCAGCAUUUCAGAACACUCCAGCUGCACCUGCGGGAACCAAUCCAGAGCCUGUUGCAGUGCUUACUUAUCUCAAUAACCUGAAGUCUUCGGAGGAGUCACUGAAGGAGCAGCUGGAGAAAGCCAAGAAAAGAGAGGCUGCUUUUAUUGUAACAUUUGCAAAACGAGAACAAGAGAUUGCAGAAUUGAAGUCUGCUGUUAGGGAUUUAAAAACACAAUUGAGGCCACCGUCAAUGCAGACGAGACGAUUAUUGCUUGAUCCAGCAAUUCACGAGGAGUUUACACGCUUAAAGAAUCUGGCAGAAGAGAAAGAGAAAAAGAUAAAAGAGCUACAAGACAAUGUUGCUGCAGUCAAUUUUACUCCAUCCAGCAAACAUGGGAAAAUGCUAAUGGCCAAGUGUAGAACAUUGCAAGAGGAAAAUGAAGAGAUUGGAGCAAUGGCUUCUGAAGGAAAAAUUCAUGAACUUGGAAUGAAAAUUGCAGUUCUGAAGACCCAGAACAAGGAGCUCAGGAAUCAAUUUGAUGGUCUGUAUAAACACAUGGAUGGCCUAACCAAUGAUGUCGAGAGGUCAAACGAAAUGGUUCUCAUUCUGCAAGAGGUGCUGGAAGCUAAAAACGUGGAGCUGGCAAGAUUGAAGGAGAUGGUUUCCCAGAAAGAUGCAACCGAAGACAAAGAAGCAGCUGAAGCAAUAGACGAAACCGCAACUGAUAUGAACGCCAGUCCUGAACCGCAACCUAUAAAAGUUGAGAGCCCUAACAAGGGCUAAGAGCUGCAUGCUGCAGCAGUUUCCCUUUUCAACAGUGCUGCUACCUGCAAUACAGUACUGUUCUGUAUUGAUUGAUGUAUCAAACUAAUUAAGCUGCGGGAGACAUGCACAGGAGCUCUUGAAAUACAAUGGGCAAACAAGCAUAGGUAUUAUUAGGUAGCUAGUGCCUAGUAGUAAGUAAACGUGAAAUGAAGUGCAAGUGCAAAUUCUAUAUGUAUCAAACUAAUUAAGCUGAACAGGGUUGAGCCUGGAUCCCAAAGGGUACGCUUGCAUUUUCAAAACUAAUCAUGGUGCAUUCAUGGA